AUGGCGAACGAGCGGUUAGAGGUGUUGAAUGCACUGGACACGGCCAAAACCCAAUGGUACCACUUCACUGCCAUCAUUGUUGCAGGCAUGGGCUUCUUCACGGACGCCUAUGAUCUUUUCUGCAUAACAACUGUCACAAAACUCUUGGGACGCCUUUACUAUUACAAUCCAUUGAGUACAGAACCUGGCGCCUUGCCCUACAAAGUCGAGUCGGCCGUCGUGGGGGUUGCCUUAUGCGGAACGCUAGCCGGGCAGCUCUUCUUCGGGUGGCUGGGAGACAAAAUGGGGCGCAAGAAAGUGUACGGCAUGACGCUGAUGCUCAUGGUGGUCUGCUCCAUAGCAUCAGGUCUGUCCUUGGGCCACACGUCGAAAUCCGUGAUGGGCACGCUGUGUUUCUUCAGAUUCUGGCUGGGCGUGGGCAUAGGUGGAGAUUAUCCCUUGUCUGCGACCAUCAUGUCGGAGUAUGCGAACCAGAAGACCCGAGGGGCCUUCAUUGCGGCGGUGUUCGCCAUGCAAGGUUUCGGCAUCCUUGCCGGCGCUGCAGUGAGCGUUAUUGUGUCGGCGGCAUUCAAGGCCUAUUUCAAAGCCCCCUCGUACGAAGAUGCAGUUCAUGUGAUUGGCCAACGGGACCCAUCAACCGUUCCAGAGGCUGAUUUUGUGUGGAGGAUCAUUCUCAUGUUCGGAGCCGUUCCAGCCGCUCUAACAUUCUACUCUCGCUCGAAAAUGCCCGAGACAGCUCGAUUCACCGCCCUGGUCGCAAAGAACGCCAAGCAAGCUGCAGCGGACAUGUCCAAAGUUCUCAAUGUAGAGAUCGAAGAAGAGAAAACCGAAAAAGUCUGGUCUACUGAUUCCGACUACGGGUUACUUUCAGCAGAAUUCAUGAAGCGCCAUGGGCUGCAUCUUCUGGGUACUACCAGUACCUGGUUUCUUCUUGACGUGGCCUUCUACAGCCAAAAUCUGUUUCAGAAGGACAUCUUUAAGUCUGUCGGGUGGUUGAAGGGAGGCAAGGCUGUGAAUGGUAUUCAAGAAGUGUACAAUAUCUCUGUAGCGCAGGCAAAAAUUGCACUUCUUGCAACUGUUCCCGGGUACUGGUUCACAGUCGCCCUCGUCGACAUCAUAGGUAGAUUUGCCAUUCAGCUGAUGGGCUUCUUCUUUAUGACAGUCUUUAUGUUGGCCCUCGCCAUCCCGUAUGAACAUUGGAAGAACGACAAUACCAUAGGCUUUGUCGUUCUCUUUGCAUUCACCUUCUUCUUCGCCAAUUUUGGUCCCAACGCCACCACUUUCAUCGUCCCGGCGGAGGUCUUCCCGGCGAGGCUCCGUUCGACAUGUCAUGGAAUAUCUGCUGCAUGGGGAAAGGCUGGAGCCAUUGUUGGAAACUUCGCCAUCGGUAGACUGUCGACUAAAGGACCUUCUCAUGUGAGGAUAGCUCUCAUUAUACUCGCAGUUACAAAUGCUCUGGGCUUUGUUUUCACUUUUCUGGUACCUGAAACAAAGGGUAGAUCGUUGGAGGAGAUAUCUGGUGAGAAAGAUAAUGAAGAUGUGGAGAUGGAAGAGGUUUAG